AUGCUACCCCAAUGGCUACUGCUGCUGUUCCUUCUAUUCUCCUUUCUCUUCCUCCUCACCAGGGUUUCUCCAACAAAAUACAACCUUUUGGACCUCAAGGAGGUUUGCAUCCGGAACCAGGACUGCCAGACUGGGUGCUGCCGACGGGCUCCAGACAUCUGCGAGUCGCACUGCGCGGAGAAGGGGUCCGAGGGCAGCCUGUGUCAAACGCUGGCAUUCUUUGGCCAAUAUAGACAGUGUCCCUGCCUGCAGAACCUGACUUGUGUAUAUUGGAAGAGUGAGAAAUGGUCGGCCAUUGCCUAUGGCCGUUGUCAGAAAAUUGGAAGGCAGAAGCUGGCUAAGAAAAUGUUUCUAGUGCUCCCCCCUUCUUGCUGCCUCCUCCUACACCUGCUGUCCUCCCUACCCAGAGCUCUGUGCUCCCCCUGUUCCCCAGAGCCUCCGCCCUGA